AUCAAACAAUUCCGCAUCGGCCAUGACAAUAAGGGCCUUGCAGCUGGUUGGAAGCUUGAGCAAGUAUCGGUGGAAAUACCCUCUCGUAGCGAAAAGCUUGUUUUUCCGUGCAACCGCUGGCUCGACCCGACAGAAGACGACAAGAAAAUCGAGCGAGACCUGGUGCCUGGUGUCCCAGGCUCUCAAAUAACGACCACGACUACAACAUCCACAGGACCCCCAACACCUACUAGGUCUGUUAGUAAGACUGUCGUGGAGAAAACUACUACUACAUUUCAAACUCGUCAGGGGGGUUACACCACACCACAAAAGCCCCCAGAAUCGAAGAGACUGAUUAUGGAUGAGGAGAACAGGUAUGGCACUACACCUCCCCCGGCCCCGCAGAGACAAAUUAUCAAAGAAGAAACUAAGUACAAGACUAUCAAUACACCAGCCAAGACUACUGUGUCUCCAUCUGGUACUAUUACCACAGAGGAAAUAAGGUAUGGAACUACACCAUCCAAGCGCAUGGUUAUCGAAGAGGAAACGCGCUACAAAAAACCCAUCGUUCUGACACCUCAAGAAAAAGCCCGCGAAGAAAGAAUCCGAAUCGAGCGCAGUACCCCUCAAGUGGAAGAUACCCCACCUCCUCGACCUGCUCCUCCAUCAGAGACAGUAAACCGGGUAGAUGUGUCUGAACGGUCCUACAGAGAACCCGAGGUAUCCCCUGGAGAUGUUUCUAAGGUUGAGCCGAGAAGAGGGUACAUAGAAAGAAGGACAGAGAUAGUUACAAGAGACGUGACAGAAUCUCCGGAACCUAAAGUGGUCGCCUAUCAGCUAUGCCUCAAAAUGGGAGAUGUCCUGGGCGAUGGUACAGAAGGCAACGUGUACAUCCAGCUCGUAGGCUCCAAAGGCAUGACCGAACAGAUAAUGCUACGUCAAGAUGGGAACAGUAAGAUCAAGUUCGAGAAGGGAAGAACGUAUAAGUUUACUAUCGAAACUGUCGACAUUGGACCGAUCGAAAAAGUCUUAAUAAGUCACGAUGGUGAGCAAGGAAGGGGAGGCUGGUACCUAGAAGAGAUUACUGUAGAUGUACCGUCACGUGAAGAGCACGUGGUGUUUCCGUGCAUGAGUUGGUUAGCAGCUGAAGAAGGCGAUGGUAAAACAGUCAGAGAGCUUAGUGCUAAACCAGCUGUUUAUCAUCUGAGGAUCAAAACUGGUACCUUAAAGAACGCCGGCACUGAUGCGAACGUAUGGGCUCGUAUCCAUGGAGACAAGGGUGACACUGGCAAGAUAGAACUCAAGCGAUCAGGGAUCAUGGAGACAUUAUUUGAACCAGACCAAACUGACUACUUUACAGUAUCGGCUAAUGAUAUUGGAAAGGUGCAAGCGAUUUGUGUUGGCCAUGAUGGAGGCAAUAAACCAGGAACACGUUGGUACCUGGAGGAGAUCCUGCUCAACAGUCCACAUCAAGGAGAGCAUUACAUCUUCCCUUGUCGUGCAUGGAUUCCUGAUGUUGAUGGGACUAAAGCUGAAGUACAACUUGUACCACAACCACCACUUCAAAACUACAGUAUUACACUAAAGACUGGUCAGCGAAAGAACGCCGGUACCGACUCCAACGUGUACAUGCAGAUCUUUGGUGAUCGAGGCGAUACAGGAGUAGUGGAGCUGCGACAGGUCUGUGAACCAACUGGCCAGCUACAGAAAGGAAGCCAGUUUCAGUUCAAUAUGCACACGACUGAUGUUGGAAAUGUCGAGAAGAUCCGUAUUGGUCAUGACGGUCAGGGGCUUGGUACGGGUUGGUUUUUAGCGGAGGUUGUUAUAAUGGUACUYGAUGAAUGCUGGGUCUUUCCCUGCAACCGUUGGCUGGCAGAUUACGAAGACGAUGGCAAGACAGAAAGAGAUCUGUAUCCUGAGAGAAAGACCUAUGCACACGAACCUGAUCUUCAAGAUCUGAUCGAAUACUUACAGACAGAUGACAUUAAUCUCAUAGUAAACUCGGCAUUUUAUCUCCAACACUUGUGUUACAACGACGAGGCUGUAAAGGCUAAAAUAAGAGAGCUUGGUGGGAUCCCUGUGCUUGUUCGUCUUCUUGAUCAUGAAGUGUAUGCAGUACAUCGGGCAGCGGCAUCCUGUCUUAGAAAUGUCUCGUACAGUAAAGACAGAGAUGAGAACAAGCUGGCAAUUGCUGAAUGUUAUGGGAUCGAGGCCUUGAUCAGACUUCUACAAAAAACACCUAAAGACGAGGUGAAGGAGUUAGUACUGGGUGUCCUGUGGAAUCUUAGUUCMUGUGAGAUACUCAAGAUGCGUAUUAUUCACUACUGUCUUAUCAUAUUAAUCAAACUCAUUAUCAUCCCAUAUUCUGGUUGGGACGAAGAGGUAUUCCAGAGCGGUAAACCCAUCCCUGCUGUCAAAUGGACCACAGUCUUCAGAAACGCUAGCGGUAUUUUAAGGAAUCUUUCUUCAGCUGGAGUAGAUGCAAGAAAAGAAAUGCGUGCUUGUGAAGGACUUGUGGACUCUCUGGUGUGGAUCAUUUAUGCCCCAGUAGCAAAAACGGACGUGGACAAUAAGUCCAUAGAGAAUUCGGUUUGCACUCUUCGUAACUUGUCCUACCGCCUUGAGGACGAAAUAGACAGGGAACGCUACGAAGACGCCCCACCACCCCCUCCCCCCUCAGAAAUACAGAAAUCUUCGCAGCCUGGCUGUAUCGCUGCAUGUGGGACUAAAAAAAGCAAACAAGUCAAAGAACCUGAAGAAAGCCGACGCCCUGCGAAGGGUGUGGAGUUGCUAUGGCAACCGGAGAUUGUCAAGCCUUAUCUGUCAAUCAUGGCGGAAGCUUCCAAUCCUGACACGAUAGAGGGCGUGGCAGGUGCACUACAUAACUUGAUGGCCUGCAAUUGGAAGUGGGCGAUCAUCAUAAGAUCAGCCGUACGAAAAGAUAAAGGCCUUCCAAUCAUGGUGGAACUACUUAGAGUUGAACACGAUCCCGUGGUACGAGCCACCGCCACGUGUUUGAGGAACCUUGCUAUAGACCCAAGGAAUAAAGAACUAAUAGCAAAGUUCGCAAUGAAAGAUCUCGUUCGUCGAUUACCUGAUCCUAAGAAUGAAGACGAGAUCCAGUACGACAGCACCACGGUUGGACCUUUAUUAUGUGCUAUUCAUCAAGUCAUUAAUAACAGUCUGCCUAAUGGAAAGCACUGUCGUGACAAAGAUGGUUUUAGGAGAAUUGUUGCAAUUGCCAAAAGCAAAGAUAAAUAUCCUGAAAAGGUCGUGAAGACUGCAAACCAGGUGCUUAUGGCGCUGUGGGCUUUUACUGCAUUAAGAAAUUCCAUAAAGAAAGAAGGCUGGGAACUAAACAAGGAGAUAACUGAUGAAUUCGGACUAACUCCGGCCGCUCCUCGUGCUUUCGACGACGUAUCACUGCCAAGAAAUUCCCAACGAAGGAAAAACCGAAUACCCGAGACAGUACGAGCAGACGAAUCGUCUCUACCCGAACCACAUCUUCAAACAGACUCUCCCCGAAGAAUAACCGAAGAUGGUUACGAAGCUGAUGAUGAUAAGAAUCGUAACCGACCUGCACCGAAAGGGUCACAAGAAGAGAUAGAAAUGCAGGACCUUCAAGGAAGCCGAUCCCCGCCUGCUUAUGAGAGUGAUACAGGGAGAGAAGAGCCACCCUAUGCAUCGGUGGAUAAGAGUAAAAAAAUGAAAGUUAAGGGAGGUUCUAACAGCGAUUCUUGGGUUUGAAAAUUUGGUUGAAAAUAGCCAGCUUUAUAACUCGCUUUGCCAUCGUGGAAAAAUUCUAUAUAUCGGCAUGACGGAUAUGACGGAAGACACUCGAUUUUAAUGCAAAAAACAAAACAAAAAAAUCCCUGCUGUUUGAACUYUUAAAAAGCAGAAUGAAUCGUUAAAAGUGCGGCGAAUUUCAAAGUGUGCCCUAAAAAAAGUAAAAAUUGGACUAAAGUAAGUAUUCAAAAGUGUCUAAUUUUCGAAGCCUAAAAUUCUUGGAAAACAAUCUCUAUGAGAAUAGGUAUGCUGUGUCGGUUUUCACUUUUCUUAGGUUUCUUUACAUGAAGCAAAUUUUUUUGGAUUUCUCCGGGACGAGUUUAGAACACUAAAGAGUUAUUCAAUGCAUAAGUUGGUUGGUCAGUAGCCCUCUACUUAUGAGUGUUUCCAGUAGAAAUGUUUCUGUCGUCCUUACAUUUUUGUUGUGGAUUGCUUUCAUCUCUAAAACAGACCUUUUUAAGCAAAUUUCUCUUCUUCUAGAAACUAAGGACUAAUUGUUUUUUUUAUUAUUAUUAAAGUAAAUAAGAUUCGGGACAUGUAUGGCUACCGACGGUUAAUAUAUCGGCUAGAAUGUGACUUAAAACACUACUGGGGUCCUCGGGUUUAUUGAUCUUGAGCUAGGUUUGAUCAACAAUUUCUGAUUGGUCGACUGUUCAGAAAUGAGACUAAUAGACCCAAUCACUGUUUUGAAUUUCAGAUCACGUGUCAUUCUCUUGACAAUAAGAUUGUUUGGGUUGUAUCGAUAUUCAUGUGCCUUCUCAUGAGCUACCGU